AUGCUGCGGAAGCGCGGCGGGCCCGGGCAGAUGGCGGAGUGCGGCGCGGCGGGCGGCGCGGCGGGGGCGCCGAGCCGGCACGAGAAGAGCCUGGGCCUGCUCACCACCAAGUUCGUGUCGCUGCUGCAGGAGGCCAAGGACGGCGUGCUCGACCUCAAGCUGGCCGCGGAUACGCUGGCGGUGCGGCAGAAACGGCGGAUCUACGAUAUCACCAACGUCCUGGAAGGCAUCGGCCUCAUCGAGAAGAAAUCCAAGAACAGCAUCCAGUGGAAAGGGGUGGGUCCUGGCUGCAACACCCGUGAAAUAGCCCACAAACUCAUUGAGCUGAAGGCAGAUAUAGAGGACCUGGAGCAGCGGGAGCAGGAGCUGGAGCAGCAGAAGAUGUGGGUGCAACAGAGCAUCAAAAACGUCACGGAAGACGUGCAGAACAGUCGGCUAGCGUAUGUGACGCAUGAAGAUAUCUGCAAGUGCUUCACAGGAGAUACCCUGCUUGCCAUUCGAGCACCGUCGGGCACGCGCUUGGAGGUCCCCAUCCCCGAGGGCAUAAAUGGGCAGAAAAAAUACCAGAUCCACCUGAAGAGCACAAGUGGCCCGAUUGAUGUCCUUCUAGUAAACAAAGAUGCUUGGAGCUCCCCUCCUGUAGUGCUACCCGUCCCUCCCCCCGAAGACCUCAUUCAGUGCCAGCCCGUCGUGCCCUCCAAACCGCAGAUCCCGCCGCUUGCCCACGGCCAGGAGGCGGCUGUGCCCAGCAGCUCCCAGCCUUCCACGCCGACACCCACCAGCACCCAGGACCACGGUCCUCCCGCACACAAAGCUCCCAGCGCAGGCGGGGUCUCGGCGGCGGAGCCCAAGAGCGCGGGGGACCUGGAGCCGCUGGGCUCGGCGCCGGCCUUGGACACCCAGACCCUGCAGUCCUCUGCCUCGCUGGACAGCGGCGCCGGCCUGCCCAACCCCUCGGCCUCCUUCGAGCCCAUCAAGCCAGAUGCCACGGGAAUGCUGGAACUUCCCAAAGAGCUCUCAGAGAUGUUUGAUCCAACAAGAGAGUGUAUGAACUCGGAGCUACUGGAGGAGCUGAUGUCGUCGGAAGUGUUCGCCCCGCUGCUCCGCCUCUCCCCUCCUCCCGGGGACCACGACUACAUCUACAACCUGGAUGAGAGCGAAGGCGUCUGCGACCUCUUUGAUGUGCCUGUCCUCAACCUCUGACUCCUCGGCGUGGCUGCGAGCCUCGCGCACACACAGACCGUUUUGUAACUCCUUGGAAAGUGUCUAUUUUUGGAUUCCUUUUGUGCUAGAGCUCAAUGAGUGAGCAACCCAGAGAUGCUCUCACAUGGACUCAAACCCACGAGAUACGGACUUGCAGGCCGGGAGCCUCCCUGUAGCUUGUUUUUUUUUUCUGUCCCUGUGUUGCACAUAUGAGGUCUUUGACUUAACUCAUCCCGCUGUAUCCCUGUCUCUCCACUGGAUCCUGGGCCUCACUUCAAAGGGUCGGUUUUUGAGUGUUCCCAGUUCAGCUGUAGAGUUUGCCCGCGUGCCUCUCCGAGCUUCCUCAGAUCCGCAUGCCUUGGAUUUCCUGCAAUCCUAGAUGCACUUUGCACCUCCUAGGCAGCAGCUGCUACCAGGAGCCUUAGUAUUGUGGUCAGUUCACAAGCCCGGAGGUAGUUAGUUAGAUUUUUCCUUGUGAGCAGUUCAGCUUGGGGUUGUUUGAAUGACAGCGGGGGGAAAACAUUGGCACCAAAGUGUCAGAUUUCUUUGCAGACCAAGUUAAUGUUUUUCAAGCAAAAAGCACUUUUUUUUCUCUUUUUCUUUAAGCUUCCGGCUCCUCACGCCACAGCUGCGCCGCUUGUGCAGCGCUGCGGAAGGGGGGCCGGGUUUUCCAGAGCAGAGAGAUGCCUGCAAGGGCAGCCUGGGCUCCUGUCUGCAAGGUACUCCAGGUACACCAGAGCCUGCUCACGUUUGCAAAUAGCUGCGUUCUCCGACCAUUGCACUUGAGCCUUCAGCUGUCUAAAAGGCACCCGAACAGUAGCAGUUCAGCCGUGCUUUGCUGUGACAAGUUACGUAGGUGUUCUCAGGCUAGGCGGUAGGUUUCUCCUCCUUUAUUCGCAUCUGCUCGGGAUCAGACUUUCUGUAUAUUUGACUUUGCGCCUCCAGUGUCCAUCCCCACGCUCCUGAUCCUGAUGCUGACUGGCAUGAUGCUUUCUCUGCGUUUUUUUUUUUUCUUUUGGCGAGCUUUUCUUCACUGCUUUGUAACAGAAGGUCUGCUGUAGGAUCUUGAUGAUGAUGUUGAGGUGAUAGCAGUCUCGGAUCCCACGCAUUUUAGUUGUUGGAGUAGAAGGCCCUUAUGGGUUUCUGCUGCGUUUUGCAUGCCCCGGCCUACGUCUUUGGGCAGAUCCUGUGUUUGAAUAUCUGAAUUUCGUACCUCUCCCUCCAUCGCAGCGGUCGCAGCUGCCGAGUCCCCUGCUCAGCAACCUGCUAGAGGGGCUGGGCCGGGAGGCAGGGCCUGCCCC